CUGACACACUGCACAUGUUUACUGAUUUCUAUCAUGGGAAUAGCUGUGCCUGUUGCUGUCCUACCGUGCCAGGCAAAGCCGUGCCACCGGAGGAAAACAUCCUUCUCAUCACUUAGAGAAACCACAUUGAAAAAAAAAAAACAUCUCAGGUGCAACAAGACGAAGCUUUAUGUGGAUGAGGAAACAGUCACUAAAGCUUACUUCGGUACGCGCGCACUGGAGCGCGAGCAGAGUGGAUGGCCAGAUCCUGCAACUUUACUGAAAUGAUGCUCAACUUUUCCCUCCGUGCAUUGUUCCCAGUUGUCGCAGUGUCUAUUCUUACAGCUGUUGCCAAAGUGGCUGAAAGCCAGCAGGUUGCAGAAGACAUUGGGACAUCCUCCAUCCCAUCUGCUGUUUAUCCCACAGCCAACUUCCAGGUCCUCAAUGUGGACCAUGUGUUUUUGCGGCAGGACACUCCAGAGCCAUCAGGGAACUCCAGCCUGAAGGCUCAGACUCAGACUUUUGUCAUUACUGAUCCAGGAGCUGGGCUCCUCCAGCCAACUGUCAAUGCCUCAUAUGGCCCCCUGACUGUAGAUGCACCCAUUCCUCCAGACCUGCUCCUCAGUGGGCGCAAGAUCCUGCCAGUCAUUUUGGUGCGCCAGGUUCGUUCCUCAUCGCCUGUUGUCAAGAUUCUCUUCCACAUGCCCACAGAAAGUAACAUCACUGUUGGGCAAGAAAGGAUGGAGUCUGGAGAAGAUAAUAGGAGGAGAAGCGGUGCAGCCAAGGUGAAGGAUGGAGCUCACUGUGUGACAGCUUAUGCCUUCUGGGAGACGAGGGAAGUCCGUGGGGCAUGCCUAGUGUCUCCAGGUGGAUUCUGUGUGGCACAGCUGAAGCCAGAGCCAGCCUGGUUCAGUUCAGCCAGCCGAUCUAGCAGCUCUAGCAGGGAAGCAGGAAGAACUGAAGGAAUUAAGGGGCUUCCAGGGAACCUCGUGGAAGUCUACUUCCAGAGUCGGAGGGACCAGACAGGCCAGUGUACGCCACAGGAUAGCCUACAGCGAGUAGGUGUUGGAAGAGGAGGAGGUCCCCAGGGCUCAGGGACACCAAUGAGGCGGAUAGGAAGUGUCAAUCUGCUCAGAACUCCACCAGGAAAUCCCACUUUCCUUCGGCUGAGGCUGGGAGGCGCCGUGGUGAUCCAGACUUCUUCCAAGCCCCUGAAGACCACAGAUGUGGCAACUUUCUAUGUCUUCCUGGCUAGUACAUCUACCCUGGAAAGUUUCACAAUUAGGGCGACAAUGAAGACGGGCUUGUCCUUCAGUGCUGCGCGGCCCAGUGACUCUGCGCUGUGGGACAUUGUGGUGGAGCCUGGCAGAGGAGCGACUCCCAACACUGUCUCUGUUGUCUGCCAGAGGAAAGUCUCUGUCACUGCAAAGAGGGGACUUCUGGAAAUUUUACAACUGGACUUUGUGCCAAAAGAUGUUUCAGAGCAGGAGCAGGAGAGUCAGAUGAUCUCCUGGCGUCUGGAGUUGCCGGGGAACAUCAAGGAUGUGGGCACAAUGCGGAUCUACACCACCCAGAGAGACUAUGUGGGGCUGGCACCUCUGGUCAUGAACACUGAUAUCUUGAAUACCGCGGUGCUGACAGGUAAAAUGGUGUCAGUCCCUGUGAAAACUCUGGCUGUGGAGGCUGACGGCUCAGUCACUGAUGUAACCAGCUACACCAGCUGCAGAUCUACAGAGGAGGAUGUACUCAAGGUAUCAGAGCGCUGUGAUUACGUGUAUGUAAAUGGGAAGGAGACAAGAGGGAAGAGCAGGGUGAUGCUCAACUUUACCUAUGGUUUCCUGAGCACCCAGUUGGAGAUGAAUGUAUGGAUGCCCCGUCUGCCCUUGCGCAUUGAUGUGGCCGACACCGAGCUCAGCCAGAUCAAAGGUUGGAGGGUCCCUGUUACAACCGGCAACAGGAGGUCAUGGGACAGCGAGGAAGAGGAGGAGAUGAGAAAGGGCAGGGGCUGCAUGCUGCAGUAUCAGCACUCUACACUCAGGGUGCUCACGCCCUUCGUAGCCAAGGCUGACUCAGAGGUGCUGCCAGACCCGCUAACUGGAGCGGAGCCUCUUGAUUACUUCCUAGGUCCUGAUUGGCAGGUGGAUGUGACCAAUCUUGUACGUUAUUCUCUAAAAGUGGCAGACCCAGAUGUAGCCAGGUUGCAGGAUGGGGUGGUGCUGCAGGGACGGGCUGUGGGCACUACGACUGUACAGGUGCUGUCCCCUCUGACGUCAUCGGUCCUGGCUGAGAGGAGCAUCAGGGUGGUGGAUGAUAAAGUGAGUGUGACAGAGCUGGGGGUGCAGUUGGUUUCUGGACUCUCUCUGUCCCUGCAGCUCAGCCCGGGAAGCAACAGGGCCAUAGUCGCCAUGGCAACCACACGGGAGACGAUCACGCAGCUCAAACAGGAGGCUGUGGUCAGCUGCUGGGUACAGUUCAGUGAUGGUGCAGUCGCUCCACUUGAGCUGUUUGACCGCAGUAUCUACUCUCUGACAGUCUCUACCCCAGACGAGGGGGUGGCCACAGUACGCCGCACUCCGCAGUCCACAUUUGUAGUUGCACAUGGUGAAGGUGAAGGCCAGGGGGUGCUAGUGAGAGUGGAGCUGAGGAUCUGUGAGGAAUGCCAGAAAUCCAAGAGGAAGAGUAAGUUGGCAGUGGGCAUGGGGCUCCUCAAGAUCAACUUCCAGAGCAGCAGCAGAGCCGUAGCAGGAGGAGGUGGUGGUGGAAGUGUGGUUGGCACUGAAGGAAAUAAAGAUUAUGAUGGUGGUGCAUCAGAAGUGGCAGGGGAGCUUAAAACGACAGUGACGUCACAGCGUGCUGUGACAGAUGUGGAUAAGUGGUUGUUCAGAAGGACAGUACCUAACCAGCAACAGACAGAAACUACCACCUCAACCACAAUUUUAACAAGACAUGUGCAGCCACAUGUUGUGUGGAUUGGCAAUACAACCAGAGCUACAAGAGAUACCACAUAUACCGUCAUUCCCACGACUGCCACUACAACUAUGAGCACACCUAGCUUAAAUACACCACUGAACACUGCCAGACCUAUAGAUACAACAAUUAGUGUAGUUAGUAAAGGAGAAGGGCAGAAGAGAAGCUAUGGAAGCAUGCUUGACAGCCCCAAUUCACCCCCUAACAAAGACGUACCUAAAGCAGAUGUGACACCCAAGAAGGAACCACCUAAAUCUAAAACCCCAAAGGUAAUUGAGAGCGACCUUAUCCGGACAUUCCGAGCCAUGUCGGAUAUGGAAAUUGGCAUGUAUGCUUUGGUGGGGGUCUCCUGUGUGGCUAUCUUGGCUUUUUUGCUCAAUUGUGCUUCGUAUAACCUCUGUUUCCGUAAUCACAAGACCCCCAUACAGGCAGGCCCGCCACCAAGUGGGGAUCCAAAGGAUCAUAAGCAUGACUGGGUGUGGCUGGGGAGCAACAAUCAUAGCGCUCCAGCCCCAGGUGCCCCAGCUCAAGUGUCCACGCUAAAACGUGAGUCCCAUCGCCCUCUGGAGUCCCGUCAUUCUACUGACUCCAUGGGCCACCGCAGCCUGGAGAGCACCCUGCCCACUGUGAGCGCCCCCGCUGUCCCCGAAAGAACUGCCACUCUGGGCCGCUGCAGGACCAGCUCCCAGCAGCAGCUGCAGGGAAAGGUAAUCGACCCUAUGGCAAACCGUUCAGCCACCUUGCUGGCAAGGCCACACCGCAGCGAGCCACUUCAUUCCCCCACCAGUAAGAGGAACCAGGUGCAGUUCACCACCUUCACCACGCUGGACAUCAAGCACUUGGCUGCAUUGAAGAAGAACGGUGUGGACUUCAAUUGGGCAAACCAGCAGCAGACGCAACAACACCAGGCACCUGCUGAGCCCCAGACACCAUUACCUGACAUGCCAUGGCCUGUAGUCAAACCUCUAGGAGAGCCCCAGUGAGUUCUCUGGGGUGUGUGUAUGAAUAUGAGUUACUGUAGUAAGGGAGAGAGAGAUAGAACAAAAAAAUGCAGAUAUAUGACACGUUCUGGUGUAGAAUGUGAAUGAAAGAUAAGCUGGCUUUCAUUUUUUUGAUAAAAGACAGGUCACUUUAAAGGAGAUAUUUAUUGAGAUUACUAAAAAACUUUAUUUUAGCAAAAUGUGUGCUCAGUGAAAGCAUGUAAAUACAGUAUGUGAUGGUGUACCCAUGACGACCAACAUUAAAGACACUGUUUGUUUCUAUGAGUUUCAAGUUGAUUUGCAUUCUCUAAAUGCAAUAUUCUUGUAUUUAAAAAUGUGCUCUACAGAUCUGUUGCUCUCCUGUAAAUACACAUACAUCUAUACUUUUACUUAUUUCUACAUUUCUAACUCGAAACAAAUGAAUUUUUACCUCCUUUUACUUUGGUACAAUUCUGUUACCCCUGUAGAAACGACUCCAGAUAUUGCUAGUUGUCAGAGUAAAUGCAGUACGGGAGGGAUUAUUUCUUGUAUGUAAUUCUAUGCUUUUCCAGCCUUUUGUACUUUUUUUCUAGGAUUCCUCUUGAGAAUACCUGAAGAGUUUGUGCAAUUUGUCAGAGAAUAUGCAACAUUUAUCAAGUUAUUUUGAGCAAUCUGUCACAGCAAGUCUUCACUGAAUAUUUAUUCAAAUCACAUGCAUGCUAUGCAAAUGUAGUCUGUGCAGAGUUUGAAGUGGACAUUGUUUCUGAAUUUUUUUAACAAACUUACCUUUGGCUUUGGGCUUCUCCUGGGAGCCUGGUUCUACAAUUUGUAAAAAUGUCUAAUCUUGGCCUCUUGACAGAGAGCAAUACAUAUUCAACUGUGAGAUUUUUCAUGUGUAAAUGAAAAAUUAUGAUGCCUUUUAUAUGUAACAUCCUCUUAAUUUUAAACCAAAAUGUGAUGUGUAUUUCCUAUGAGAUCCUAUCAAUAAAGAACA